UGUGACACCUGGUCGGGAUGGAGGGAGAGAUGCAGCCCGCAGAUGAAGGGCCCUGCGCCCCGAAGAUGUGCCGACAACAACGGGGUCCGUACAGCACCCUGAAAACCUUCCAGAGCAAGCGCUCGGCGGGCAAGUCGCGCUUUGACAGGUCCGCUGUGGUCGAGGUGCCUCUCUUUGGUGACGGACAUCACUUCACUUUCCAUCCCGAGCAGCCUCAUCCUUUCCAGCCGCACCAUCACCUCCACCAGCAGCAGCAGCAGCAGCAGCAGCGUCUGCAGCCGCUCCACCAAACCAGCGUCGCUAUCAGCAGCAGCCAGCAGCAUCACCCGUCGCCUCAGCAGCAGCCACAGCAUCGUUUCCCAUGUGAGAGCAGGCCCAGCAGCAGGGUCCCGACUUCCACCUCGGCGGCGGCGGCGGCGGCGGGCAGCGUGGCGGCGGCAGCAUCUCUCGGUACCCAGCAGCGACGCGCCAGCAGCGGCGGAGCGGAACCCAGAUUCUCCCCAGACUGCACCUACGGUAUCAGCUCAGAAAACCGUCUCAUCUUGGAUGCCUUUGCUCAGCAGUGCAGCCGAGUCCUCAGCCUCCUCAACAACGGCCGUCUCCUGGAGUCUUCCACCUCCUCCUCCUCCUCCUCCUUUACCUCUAACAUCAAGCUGGAAGACACUCAGGGGCUUCACUGCACCUCACUGGGGAAGUCCAAACCUGAAGAAAGCUCUUCUACCACAGACCCAGAAGAGGAGGCUCAACAAAGCCAUUUGAACCAACAACAGACCUCUGCCGUACUCCGCAUCUUUACAGACUCCCUACAGAACUAUCUCCUCUCAGGGCCUCAGCAGCAGCAGCAGCAACAUCUGGCUGCAGGUCUGGAGGACGAGCAGUGUCCGUCGGCAGAGCCCGGUUCAGGGGUGUCUCCUCCAAGUCACAACCUGGGAGGCUGGGGCUCGCCGACUCCGUCCGAAUCGUACGGCCACCCGUCCUCCACGCUGCCUGAGGAGGAAGAGGAGGAGGAGAACUGCUGUCCACGCUGCCUGGAGUUGGAGCAGGAGGUUUUGUCUCUGCAGCAGGAGAACGAGGAGCUCCGCAAUAAGCUGGAGAACAUCCCAGUUCCCUGUCAAAAUGUUCUUGACUACUUCAAGACUGUUCUUGAGUUUCACAACCAGCUGGUCCAGUCGAUGCCAGAGGAGCAGCUCACAGAGGGCAGUAAACAGCUCCUGGAGAAUUAUCCUCUUUUCAUCACUAAUAAGCAAUGGGAUGAAGCCGUCAACUCCUCAAAGAAAGAUGGCAGACGGCUGCUGCGCUACCUAAUACGCUACGUCUUCACCACAGACGAGCUGAAGUUCUCCUGUGGUUUGGGCAAAAGGAAGCGUUCAGUCCACUCAGGGGAGCCGGGCCUGGAGAGACGGCCGCUCAACCCCGUCAAAGUCAGCUGCCUCAGAGAGUUCAUCCGGAUGCACUGUGCCUCAAACCCAGACUGGUGGAUGCCGUCAGAGGAGCAGAUCAACAAAGUGUUCAGUGAUGCCGUUGGUCACGCUCGUCAGGGCCGGGCGGUCGGUACGUUCCUCGGCAGCAGCGGCAGCGGCAGCAGCACCAGCAGCCUCUAUAUGGACAGCUUUGACGGACAUCUGUCGCAGGACGAAUUGUAUUUAAAAGGCUGCCAGAAUGGCCAGUCAGAUUGAAGUCACAGGAGAAAUUAAAGACAAAUGCCUGAAAUGUAGCUGUACAACAA